CAAACCCCUACAUUUCUUACGUAAUAUAACUAUCCAUCCAAACACAAAAAUAAACAUCCCUAUUAUUCCAGAACAUUAACCAAAAACAAUCCUAGUACAAAAUACUAAUACCUAGUUUAUGAUAUAUAUAUUCAUGAGAUCUUCACUGUCUUCAAAAAACCGCCGUGCUGGUAUCACCAUGCACGGUAGUAGAGCGCCACCUAGACUCGUGGUCGCGCAUAUUAAUCCAGCCGUUAUAGAUAUUUCGACUGAAAAUGCUGCGACCGCGAGCGGCGGCGCUCAUGAGAAAGAGCAUAAGUUAACUAAGCUAUUGCUGAAUGUGAACAUUCAGAAUAGUUUGGGACCUGUGCAUUUGGUGAUGUCGCCGGAGAACACCGUCGGAGAGUUGAUAAAGGCGGCGAUUGAGAUAUACGUGAAGGAGAAACGAAGGCCAUUGUUGAGUAGUAGUGAUCCAUUGUGUUAUCAACUUCAUUAUUCUCAAUUUAGUUUGGAAAGUUUGAAAAGAGAGGAGAAAUUGGUGAAUUUGGGAUGUCGAAGUUUCUUUGUAUGUCCAAAAGCAAGCACUUCGUCAUCAUGUGCAAAGGCAACACCAACCUCUUCACUUCCAUUAACAAAGCUCAUGGAUUUUUUUCUAUAGUUUUCUUUUCUUUCAUAUUCAAAACUAGUUAAUUUUGGUUUUGUUUUUAAUCUUCUUUUUUCCAUUUGAGUCCGCCCAUUCAAUAGUUCAGGCAUAGCGAGAGCUCUGUGCACCAUGCCUAUUUUUUUUUGUUUUUCCAGUCGAGUGUGUCACCUUUUUUAUUAUUGUCGAAAUCAAUGUGUGCUAAAAUAAUGAUCCUUGGGCUGUUCUGCUAUGAUACAUUGGCUCAAAUUCAAUAACUUAUUGGUCA